CGUGCGCAGUGGGAGCUCGCUCCAUCAAGGCCGGAGGCAUCUGGAGGAAACCGAGGCCGCCGAGCUGCUUGUGGUGGACUCCAUGUCUCUGGGAGCCCCCCCCAGAGGCCUCCCGCAGGCUCCUGCCCAUAAGAACCUGGACCUUGGACAGUGCUCCCCUUCCCUCCAGGGCAACCCUCUCUUCCCUGGUGGUCCUGUCUCCUCCCUGCUCCUGUCCCUUUGAGGCCAGCCCCUGAGGUCCAGCUCCAGACCUGGCCCUGGCCUUGUGUCCUCCAUCCUGAGCCCUCCCCUCACCCGAACUGCCUGCCAACACCCCAGUCCCAUCCUUAAUAGCCCUGCUGCUCCUCCAGCCAUUGUCCAGAGCUCUCCUGCAGGGAGCCAGCCGCAUCUGUGGCUUGGCCUCCUCUCUUGUCACCAGCGUCCUCCGGGGCUCCGUGAAGACGUCCAGCCUCGGGAAGGGCACCUGGCCUUCUUCACCCCCCACCUCAGUCACCUGCCCUAUCGCUCCUUCCCUUUCUGCUCCCACUGUGACCCCCUGGGGUCUUGGUAUAUAUGGGAAGCCCUUCGAUUGGCCACACGCUCAUCUCCCCCCUGCCCCUCUUGCACAAAGCAGAUGAAGGGGCUGCCACCUGCAGCCCCAGACCCUGGCACGAGGUGCACUCAGGCAAGCCCCAGCCUCCAGUCUUCUCUGAGAACCCAGUGCGAGCGUCCUCCAGAGAGAGAGCCCAGAGCCCUGACGCUCAGGGGCCCCUGCCGAGCGGAGCCCCCGGAGAGCCUGACGAUGCCAGCCCCCCUGGGCCUCCAGCAGGUGGAGGAGGAGGCGGCCUGGGGCCAGGCCUGCCCCCCGCAGGGCGACCCUGACCCCACUGAGGCCUCACGCCAGCGAUUCCGGAGGUUCCGCUACCAGGAGGCAGCCGGGCCCCGGGAGGCCCUGAGCCGACUUCGGGAGCUCUGUGUCCUCUGGCUCCGGCCAGAGGUCAGCCCCAAAGAGCACAUCUUGGAGCUGCUGGUGCUGGAGCAAUUCCUGAGCAUCCUGCCCAUGGAGAUCCAGACCUGGGUGCGCACCCAGGGGCCUCAGAGCCCUGAUGAGGUGGUGGCCCUAGUGGAAGGCCUGCAGAGGAGCCCCGCGCGGCUGAUGCAGUGGAUCAUGGGUCACAUUCUGAGACAGGAAGGGCUUUCUGCCAGGAUCGAGCCCCGGGGCAUCCAGCCAGGAGCCAGGAACCUUCAGGGCAAAGGCCAGAAGGAGGAGGAGCCCCUGCUGAGGCCUCAGCCGGACACCCAAGAAGAGGCGGGCCAGGAUGUCAAGGAAGAGCCCAAUGGACCUCAGGAGACGGCCCCACCUACUCCCCACAUCCCCACUCACCCUCCGGAGGGGAAUGGCCACCACCCAGAGACGUCAGCCCCUUUCCUGCCCUCAGGAUGCCAGGAGCAGUGGGGUCUGUUGGAUGCCUCCCAGAGAGAGCUCUACUGGGACGUCAUGCUAGAGAAAUACGGCAGCGUGGUCUCCCUGGGAAUGCCCGCCCCCAAACCAGACGCCAAGGCCCUGAUGGAGCAUGGGGAGGAGCCCUGGGGACCCAGUCCGUGCGCAGCAGCUGAGGACAAGGCGCGGCCCAGAGGCAUCUGUCCGCCAGGAGGCAGGAGGCAGAACCACAAGGAAGAAGACCUUUCCAGGGACGCCGCCAGGCCCCAGGCCUCUCGGCAGCCCCCAUCCCGACCACCCCAGGGAGAUGGGCCGCGUCCGGCUCCCGGGAGAGGGCUUUCGACUUCGGCGGAGCCAGGAAGCCCUGGAAGGAAGAGAAAGGCCCCCUCGGUGGCCUGGGGAGGCCCUCCGGGCCGCGCCGCCCGCGGAGGCCUCCUCUCUGGGGGCGUGGCUCCGCCGGCUCCCGCCGAUCAGGCCUCCCCGUGGAUGGAGAGGGACCGCGGCUGCUUUGCGCAGGGCCCGCUGAACGCCCUUCCGGCCGCCAGGGCGAAGCCCUACGUCUGUGACGAGUGUGGCAAAGGCUUUGACUGGAAGUCUGUGUUCGUCAUUCACCAGAGAUCCCACACGGGCCCGGCCGCCGGUGAGCUCGAGGAACCGACGGAGCCCCGGGACCCCAGGGCCAAGGCCCGGGCGGGGCCCGGAGAGAAGCCCUACCGCUGCAGCGAGUGUGGGAAAGGCUUCCGGGAGCUGGCCACUCUGCGCAAUCACCGCCGGAGCCACACGGGCGAGAAGAGCUACCAGUGCCAAGAGUGCGGGAAGUGCUUCAACUGGAAGUCCCAGCUGGUCAUCCACAAGAAGGCCCACCUGGGCGAGAAGCAGCACACCUGCGUGGAGUGUGGGGAGAGCUUCGACUGGAAGUCCCAGCUGGUCAUCCACAAGAAGGCCCACAGGAGGGACGCUCUGUAGGCAGGACCCUCCUGCCCAGGGCUCUGGGGCUCCUUGGAGGGCCGAGCCCAGAUCUCUGAACUGGCCACUCAGGGCAGGGCAACUGGAGGGGUCCUUUGACCUUCCUCAGCCAUAGUGCCCUAGGGGAGGAGGGGGCCUGCCGUCCCUUCCCAGACCUCACCGAACCCUGCCCCCAUCCAGAGACACUAGUCUAGGCAAUAAACUCUAUUAGCACCUCUUGAAA